GAAGCCAACACACGCUCAACCGUACGAAAUCACUGUUGCAAAAUUUUUACGGAAGAAAAAAAAAAAAAAAUCUCAAAAAUGUCUGACGCCGCAGCAGCACCAGCCGCCGCAACCCAGAAAGUUAAGACACCAAAGAAGAAGAGUUCAAAACCGAAGACCCCGGCGAACCACCCGAAAUACAGCCAGAUGGUGAAGGCGGCGGUUGUUGCACUCAAGGAGAGGGGCGGCUCGUCCCGACAGGCCAUCUUGCACUACAUCAUGAAGAACUAUAAAGUUGCAGAUGAGAAGACUGUCAACCAGCACUUGAAGAUGGCUCUGCGAGCGGGAGUGAAGAACAACAGUUUAAAACAGGCGAAGGGAACCGGCGCCUCCGGGUCCUUCAGGCUGGGGGAGGCCAAGGCAGCCAAGACAAAGAAACCGGCGGUAAAGAAGGCGAAGAAACCCAAGGCGGCCAAACCCAAGAAGGCGAAGAAACCCAAAUCGCCAAAGAAGGCCAAGGCUGUGAAGCCGAAGAAGCCCAAAGCAGCAAAGAAGUCUCCAAAGAAGGCAGCUAAACCAAAAGCGACGAAGGCAGCAAAACCCAAGGCCAAGAAAGCCAAGACCCCAAAGAAGGCCGCCAAGAAGUGAAUUCCUGUUUAAGUGAAAGGACACUGUGCUAGUAUUGACUUGUAUGUAUAUAGUGUACAUUUAUAAAUAAUAACAUCUUUAGUUCUACACUGGAAAGUGUUUGGUGGAAAACAGGAAAAAAAAAACCUGGUAUGUUUGGACGAUCACAAGUGAAACGAUUCUCAUUAAGACCCAGCAAUUGUUUUUGUUAUGUUUGUUUUUGCACUUUUCACUGAACAGUUGUGUUUUUAAGUUGACAGUGUUCCUGGACUUGAAACAAUUUUUUGUUUUGUUUUAUUCCAAAUGCAGUUUCCAGAUGAACUUGUCAUAGAUCGACUUGAACACCGAAUUCAUGAACAUUGGACUUGUUGCUUCAUACUAAGUGCUUCAUUGAACUAUUUAUUUGUAUGCUGGUCAUGCGAAUCAUGUCAUUCAUUUGGUCCAGUUUUGGACUAGUCAUUGUCAUUAAAUAUCCAUUUCAUUACCUA